AACGCUCUCUCUCACAUAAUGCUUACCACCCUAACCCUAUACCACACACAUAUAUACACCUCUACCUCACCCUUUGCAAAAUCCUCUUCAUUCUUCUUUUUUGUAUACGUUCAUUGUUAUGUGGGUAUUAUUUUGCUUCCAUUUAUCAUGAGCAACAUCCCAAGAUCUCUCACCGACUCUUCCCUAACCCUCUUCAACCUCGCCAUAUCAUCCUCUGAUCCCUGGCCUUUCUCACUCGUUUUCUUAUAACCCUAAUUAAUUAACGUGUUAAUAAUUCUCAUUCCCACUUUUCUUAAACCUUGCUCUUUCUUUUUUUCUUUUUUUUUUCCUUUAGCUUAAUUUCUUGGCUACGUUAAUGGGGAUCCUUAGCGAUCAUCAUCAUAAUCAGAAGCAUCAUCACCGCCGCCACCACCACCAUCAUCAUCACAUGAGUUUUCAUUUGCACAUUCCUCACCUUCACUUUCACCACCACCACCAACAUGAGAAGAAGGAGGAUCUGAAGGACAUUCCAAAAGGGUGUUUGGCGAUCUUGGUAGGGCAAGGAGAGGAGCAACAGAGGUUUGUGGUCCCUGUGAUGUACAUGAACCACCCAUUGUUCAUGCAGUUGCUCAAAGAAGCUGAAGAGGAGUAUGGCUUCGAUCAGAAAGGCCCCAUAACCAUUCCUUGCCACGUGGAGCACUUUCGCACCGUCCAAGGCUUGAUUGAUAGGGACAAAUCUCUCCACCAUGGUCAACACCACCACCAUGCUUGGUGCUUCAAAGUUUGAUGUUCAUCAGUUACUCUAGCAAAUUAAUUUUUAAAAUUAAAAUCAUGUACAUGUUAAUAUGUCUUGUUUAUUUUUAUUUUAGUUUUGUUAUUGUUUUCCCAAUUUUCCACGGCACCUUGAAUGUGGUGUUGGUUUAAUGAUGUGAUAACGACGAAAAAAAUUUGGAUCUUUUAAUUUGCAUGAUUUUUUUCUGGGUACUAUUGUUUGAUCAACGGAAAAUGAAAUGAGAAUUAAUUUUAGGAUUUGUGAUGU